GCAUUGAGGGCCCAUGAGAAAAAUGCUCAUUGCGAAUGCUCGCUUCUUCGGCUCCGUGAUCUGGGAUGGACUGACGUUAGCAAGUUGGCAACGAGAAAGGCGAAUAUAUUUACCCACGUCGGCAACUGUCCCUGCCCCCAUGCUAACAACACUAGCACUGCCAAACGCCUGCAUGACCCUCAAAAACACCAGUGCUCCGUAGUUUGCUGGUACUACAGCAAGAAGCACGUUCGCCAAGAUGUAAAUGGCAAGGCUUAUCAAGUACAAUGGACGGCGACCCUUCCAAUCUGCAAAAGUGGACCAGAAUAGCGGCCGUAGACGACAUCAGCAUCUUUGUUGUCUGUUGAUGGGAUGGGGGAGGGUAAAGGCUUACACCGAACGCAAAAGUCAUCAUGAACACUGAAACCGUCACAUUGAUGGCGGUUGGGCUAACAUUGAACUCUUUUUCCAGCACCGGCAAGGCAGGAAGAUAUAUGCCUCCCGCCAAUGGCCCGAAGAAUCCAGCAAUCGUUAUAACAGACAAGAUGAACUUUCGACGGAGAGGGGAGAAAUCGGUGUAAGACCUAGACCCAUCCUGCUUCGGACUCGGAUUCAGGCCCGGUGGCUCGUCUGCUGGUGGCGGGCCAUUCGUUAAAGACUCAUUAUUGGACGUGGAAAGGUGUUGAUGGGAGGAUCGGGGACCUAAAGGUAAAGAUUUUUCUCGGGAGUAUUGUCUGUCGGGGAAGGAGGCAGGGAUAUCGAGGCCGGGUCAUCAUCACGAGCAGGAGGGGGAACACGUUCAACUAGAGGGAUUCUGUCUUCAGGAGAAUGGGGGCGACUAUGGCGGGUGCGUGAUCUUGAUCUUGAUCUGGACUGAGAGGAAGAUGCUCUGUGCGGAGAAGAUUGUCGAGAGCGUCCUAUCUGGACGAAAAAGGGAGAGGGUUAAGCUGGGUUCAGUUCAAGGAGUUCCGGGCUGGUCACACCGAGAAAAGCGCUACCUAAAGACAACAACCUACUCACAGCGGACAGCCGGCCGGCCGCCCGGGCCUCCGACCUCAUACUCCAGCACCUCCAUAGCCCGGGGUGUGUGA